AUGAUAAAGCAAGUUGUAAGACACUGCCAAGAUUGGAUUUUCAAUUAUUCCCAGCUACUUUUAGGUGAAACGGUCGAUCUUAUUGAAGGAUUUUAUGAAUACAUUGAAAUUAAUGGUGAACGUGUAAUGGUACCACCAUCAAACUUGGACGAAAUGGUGAAAUUUAUUGAAUAUAAAAAAAAAGUUGAUUUAGAGUGUAGUACAAAAAAAGAAGAGAUAAAUGUGAUAACUGAAAACGUUCUUAUUUUAGACAAACAUGAAAUACAUAUGUCAGAUACAUUACGCAGCUUGUACAAUGAUUUACAUAAUUCAUGGAAUAACUAUACUAUAUUAUUAAACGAAGCAGAAUUAAUGUUAAAAGAGAAACACAAUGAAUUUCAUGAUAUGGUAUUACAAGAUCAAGAAAUCUUCAAACAAAAUAUUGAAGAUUUUAAGCAAAUUUGGGAACAAUUCAAAGAAACCGAAUCUAAAAAUGAAAUGAUUUUCUUGCGUCAAACUUUUACGAUUGCUUAUAAUUGGGACAAUACGUGGAAUAAAUAUAAAGCUGCGAAUUUCUGGGAGAUCAAAGUAUCUGAAAUAGAAGUUACUAUACAAAACAUUUACAAAAUGUUAAUAUCUUCAAUGAAAUUGCUAAAAGAAGAAAGUUGGAAAAUGCUAGACACCAGACGUGAUAGUUUGGAUGCUUUUAGGCGUGUUUUACCUCUUAUUACCGACUUGAAAAAUCCAGCUAUGCGUGACCGGCACUGGGAUGAAGUACGAGAAGCUAUGACUAAAUAUUUUGAUGAAUCUGAUCCCGGUUUUACUUUGGAAUUAAUAAUGCAAAUGCAAAUUCAAAAGUACGGAAAUCAAAUAAGUGAAAUUUCAAAUAAAGCAACGAUGGAGCUUAAUAUAGAAAACUCGAUAAAAUCAAUAGCAGAUACGUGGAUUAACAUGGAACUAAACAUAAAAUAUUCUAGUGAUGAAGACAUUUAUCGUAUUUCAGUACCUGAUGAUAUAUUACAAAUGUUAGAAGAACAUUUAGUACAGUUAUAUUCUAUGAAAGGAUCGAAGAAUAUUUCUAUAUUUUUCAAAGAAGCUGAUUAUUGGUCAAAAGGAAUUUCCCUUGUCACUGAUGUCCUAGAAUUAACACUUUCUGUCCAAAGGCAACUUUUGUAUGCAAUGAACAUAUUUAAAGGUGAGGAUAUUCGUAUUCAAAUUCCAAAGGAAGCUGAUGAGUUUGAUUUAUUAACAAAAGAGUGGAAAAUUAUAACAUCUAAAAUGUAUACCGAUAAGAAUUUAUUUAAAGCGACCAAUUCAAAACCUUUAUUAAAAAAAUUGCAAGCUAUGAGUGCACGGUUAGAUACAACCCAGAGAGCACUUGAAUUAUACAUGGAGACAAAACGAAACAUUUUUCCUAGGUUUUAUUUUAUAUCCAACGAYGACUUAUUAGAUAUAUUGGUACAUUCAAAUAAUCCAAAACGGCUACAGCCACAUUUUAAAAAAUGUUUUGACAAUAUUAACAAAUUAGAACUUUCAGUAAGUGAAAUAUUAGUUACAUUUAAUUCCAUAGGAAUGUAUUCGGCUGACGGAGAAUACGUAGCUUUCACAAGUAGAGUCAAGUGCAGUGGACCUGUAGAACAUUGGAUGAGCUCUAUUGAAGCAAUUAUGCGAGAGUCACUUAGAUAUAAAUUAAUAUAUGUUAUGGAUGCGUUGAAGAAAAAUCUUAAAACUCGUGAUAAGUGGAUAUUAAAAUGGCCAGGACAGUUAUGUAUUACAGCGUCUCAAAUUCAAUGGACAGCUCAAUGUACACUGGCAUUGUUACAAUCCAACCUUACUGGGAAUAGUAAGCCACUAAAAAAACUUCGGAAACGACAAAAAAAAAUGUUAUCAAAGUUUUCUGAUGCUAUUCGUGAGGACUUAGCAAAAAUAGAUCGAUUAAAAAUCGUUUCAUUGGUMACCAUCGAAAUACAUGCUAGAGAUGUAGUUGAUCAUAUGUAUACUUCUAAAUGUAUGAACGUGGCUGACUUUGAAUGGAUGUCACAGUUACGAUUUUAUUGGAUUAAAAAAGAUAAUGAAUUAACCAUCCGACAAACAAAUACUGAUCAACCUUAUGGAUAUGAGUACUUAGGUAAUUCUGGAAGAUUAGUCAUUACACCUUUAACCGAUAGAUGUUACAUCACAAUGACUACGGCCCUAAAUUUGUUUCGUGGCGGUAGUCCAAAAGGACCGGCAGGUACAGGAAAAACUGAAACUGUAAAAGAUUUAGGCAAGAAUUUAGCUUAUUAUGUAAUUGUCAUAAACUGUUCUGAUGGCUUGGAUUAUAAGAGCAUGGGACGUAUGUUUUCUGGGCUUGCACAGCAAGGUGCUUGGGGUUGUUUUGACGAAUUUAAUCGUAUCAACAUUGAAGUAUUGUCAGUCGUUGCACAACAGAUACUGUCCAUUUAUUCUGCCCUCGCCGCUCGAAAAGAUAAAUUUAUGUUUGAGGGUUCAAUAAUAAAUCUCAUACAUACAUGUGGUAUUUUUAUAACGAUGAAUCCUGGAUACGCUGGUAGGACAGAAUUACCUGACAAUUUAAAAUCAAUGUUCCGUGCCAUAUCCAUGAUGGUCCCUGAUAGCAAACUCAUUGCCGAAAUAAUGUUAUUUGGUGAAGGUUUUAGAGAAACCCGUGUUUUAGCCAAUAAAGUGUUCGUUUUAUUCGUGUUGUGUAAACAAAAACUUAGCAAACAAGAUCAUUAUGAAUUUGGACUUCGAGGUUUAGUUUCAUUAAUAAGAUAUGCUGGGCAAUGUAGACGACAAAACCCACAUAUGUUAGAUGACGAGGUACUAUUAUUGGCAAUGCAUAACAUGAAUUUAGCGAAACUUACAGUAGACGAUCUUCCAAUAUUUUUGGGCAUCGCGAAAGAUUUAUUUCCCAGUAUAAUUCUACCAGAAGUUAAAAAUGACAUACUCAUUCGUGCAAUAAAGCAAUGUAUGGCAAAUAAAAAUCAUCAGCCAUCAGACGCUGCUAUUGCAAAAAUUAUUCAGCUGCACGAAACCAAAAUUUCUAGGCAUUCUGUUAUGCUACUGGGACACACUGGAGCCGCAAAAACUUCUACAUGGAAAACUUUAAAAGAUGCAAUAGCAUUAUUAAAGGCUGAAAAAGUUGAACAAUUUGAAACAGUAACUGAAUAUCCUUUGAAUCCAAAGGCGCUUACACUUGGUGAGCUUUAUGGAGAAUAUAAUGCUUCUACACAAGAAUGGACUGAUGGUGUAUUAUCGUCUCUAAUGCGUACAGUUUGUUCAGAUAUUCAUAUGGAUCAAAAAUGGAUACUUUUUGAUGGCCCCGUUGAUGCACUUUGGAUAGAAAAUAUGAAUUCAGUAAUGGACGACAAUAAAGUAUUAACGCUUAUUAAUAGCGAGCGAAUUACAAUGCCAGAACAGGUAUCCCUUCUGUUUGAAGUAGAAGACUUAGCUGCAGCAUCUCCAGCAACUGUUUCUAGAUGUGGAAUCGUGUACAAUGAUUAUAAAGAUUUUGGUUGGAAAUUGUACUACAAAUCAUGGUUGACUAACUGUGAAUUUGAACCAUAUAAGAUUAACUAUGUAACUACUGUACUAGAAUUUAAAAAGUUGAACUGUGUUGAAACUGUUCCUUUACCUGAAUUGAGUUCUAUUGUUACAUUAUGCACAUUGCUAGAAUGCUUUACAUUUAAUGAUUUAGCUAUUAAAAUGCCUACUGGAUUAAAAUCCGAUGACUACGAUCAUCUCAUUAAAUUAUKGUUUCUGUUUUGUUUGAUUUGGUCAAUUUGUGCCGCAGUUAAUGAAGAUGGUCGAAAGAAAAUUGACACUUUUUUUAGAGAAAAGGAAGUGGUAUUUCCAAUAAGCGAUACAAUUUAUCACUAUUAUGUUGAUACAAAAACUGCUCAGUUUUAUCACUGGGAUAACUUUUUGCGUGAUAGUUCUUGGAUAUACAAAACAGAAUUACCUUUUUUCAAAAUUAUCGUACCAACAAUUGAUACUGUUCGUUACAACUAUCUUGUAGAAGCAUUUUUAAGUAAAAAACGGCCCGUUUUAUUGGUUGGCCCUGUUGGUACCGGAAAAACUUUAACCGUCCAAAAAGCACUGGAAGUUAUGGAUAAAAAUAAAUUUUUAUGUUUAACAAUUAAUAUGUCAGCACAAACUACUGCUCAUAACGUUCAAGAAACCAUUGAAGGAAGAUUGGAGAAACGUACAAAGGAUACUUACGUUCCACUAUCAAAUAAAACGUUGGUGACAUUUUUGGAUGACAUGAAUAUGCCCGAAAAAGAAAUUUAUGGUGCUCAGGCACCACUGGAAUUGAUUCGGCAGUGGAUUGACUACGAGUUUUGGUUUGACCGACAGAGUAGAUUACUGAAGUACGUGAAGAAUAUGCUAUUGAUCGGUGCCAUGGGACCACCUGGAAGUGGUAGGAGUACCAUUAGUAACAGACUGUUGAGUUGUUUUAGCGUUAUAAAUUUAACGUUUCCCGAAGAAGCGCAAAUAUCAAACAUUUAUGUAUCAAUGUUAAGCCAACAUCUUAAAUCAUUUGUGGAACAUAUACGAAACUUGAAAAACGGACUAACCAAUAUGACAAUUAAUCUUUACAAAAGUGUGGUAGAUAACUUGCUACCAACACCUGCGAAAAUGCAUUAUUUAUUUAACUUGAGAGAUAUAUCUAAAGUAUUCCAAGGAUUGUUGCGCAGUAAUACUGAUUACCAGACAACUGAUAAUUCGAUGUUACGGCUUUGGUGUAAUGAAGUGUUCCGCGUAUUUAAUGACAAAUUAAUUGACAAAAAAGAUCGAGAAUGGUUCAUGGAUCAAAUCAACGUUCAACUGGGGAAACAUUAUGAUAUAACUUAUAGAAGUCUAUGCUCCUCAUCAGAACAAGGUUUAUUGUUCUGUCAUUUUUUGAACAAGCAAUCACGGUACGAAGAAGUUACCGACGAAAAAUAUCUACGUGAAUUUAUCGAUGACAGCAUAAAAGACUACAAUUUAAGCUUUGGAGUUAUACCAUUGAACCUCGUAUUAUUCAGAGACGCUAUCGACCAUAUUUGUCGUAUUGUCAGAGUUAUAUCCCAACCAAGGGGUUAUAUAAUGCUGGUCGGAAUUGGUGGAUCCGGACGAUCCUCACUUUCAAAGGUUGCAAACUGGCUAUGUGAAUACAAAAUGUUUACAAUUGAAUUGAAUAAAACGUAUGGAAUAGGAGAUUUCAAAGAAGACUUAAAACGUCUGUAUUAUCAGACAGGAGUGAGGGAUCAACCAACGUCAUUUUUGUUUAAUGACACGCAAAUUGUAAACGAAAUGUUUUUGGAGACUAUAAAUAACAUAUUAAGUACCGGUGAAGUACCACAACUAUACAAAGAAGAAGAGUUUGAUGAGAUUAAAGAAGUAUUAUCGCCCGCUGCUAAAAAAGAAGGUGUUCCAGAAACAACAGAUGAUAUUUAUUCGUUUUUCUUAGAUCGCGUCAGAAGCAAUCUACACAUUAUUCUAUGCCUUAGUCCGAUUGGAAACCAAUUUCGAACGCGGUUGCGUCAAUAUCCUUCAUUGAUCAAUUGUACUACAAUCGAUUGGUUUUUGGAUUGGCCUAAAGAAGCUUUACUAGAGGUAGCAUUUAGCUCUCUUGCUACAAUAGAAGUCUUGGAAACUAUAACUGGCGCACCAAGAGUAUUUGAUGUAGAUACAGUUUCCUUGUCAGAGAACGAGUUAAAACUAUGUAUUGCAAAUUUAUUUGCCAUUAUUCACCAGUCAGUUGGAGAAUAUUCUAGGCUGAUGAUUUUAGAACUAAAGCGAUACAGUUAUGUUACACCUACAAAUUAUUUAGAAUUAGUAACAGGAUAUAAGGAAACAUUACACAUGAAACGAAUCGAGCUUGCAAAUAAGUCAAAUAAAUUAAGAAAAGGUUUGUUCAAAAUAGACGACACCAGAGAAAAAGUAGCCGGAAUGACAGUAGAUUUAGAAAAAGCUACUAAAAUUGUUCAAGCGUAUACUCUGGAGUGUGAUCAGUUUCUAGAAAUUAUUUUAAAGCAAACAUCGAUAGCUGAUCAACAAAAAACUGAAGUUGACGAGAAAAGUAUUAAAAUCAAAGAAGAAGAAAUUGUGUGUAAAGAGUUGUAUAGAUUGGCUAUGAUUGAUUUGGAAAAAGCAUUGCCUGCACUAGAGGAAGCUAUGGAGGCUUUGAAUUCACUCAAUAAAAAAGAUCUUGCUGAAGUAAAAUCUUUUUCAAAACCUCCACAUAGAGUUAAAUUAGUUUUAGAAGCUGUAAUGAUAUUAAAAGAAUCGGAACCUAGUUGGACUGAAGCCAAAAAACAAUUAGGAGAUCCGAAUUUUCUAACRCAGCUAAAAGAAUUUGACAAAGAUCAUGUGUCACAAAAAGUAUUAAAAAAAAUUAAUGCAUUUACAUCAAAUCCAGAGUUUGAACCUGAUAAAGUAGGAGCUCAAUCAGUAGCUGCUAAAUCACUUGCUCAGUGGGUCAUUGCAAUUGAAAAAUAUGCUAUAAUUUACAAAAUUGUAGCUCCCAAAAAAGAAGCUGCUGAAGCAGCAUUGGCCGAUCUUAAUGAAAAGGAAGCUGAAUUACUUACUGCACAACAGAAAUUAUCCCAGAUUCAAAAGCUGUUAUUGAAAUUAAAAAUAGAUUUUGAUAAAAAAAUGGAUGAAAAAGAACAACUAGUCAAAAAGGCUGAUACUUUGAAGAGAAAUCUUGAUAGAGCAGCAUCAUUAAUUGAAGGACUAUUUGACGAAAAAAUACGAUGGACGGAAACUGUAAAACAAUUAAAUAUAUAUUUUGACUAUUUACCUGGCGAUUGUCUACUGAGUAUAGCAUUCAUUUCGUAUAUGGGUCCAUUUCUAUUUAAAUAUAGAGAUAUACUUUUGAAAUUAUGGACAAAUUCAGUAAAAGAUAUGAAAAUUCCAAAUAAUCCAGCAUACGACAAUAAAGAUUUUUUAUCUGAUCCGGCUAUUAUAAGAAACUGGAAUAUUCAUGGUUUACCCAAUGAUGACUCAAGUACAGAAAAUGCUAUCAUUAUCAGCCGUAGCUCGCGGUGGCCAUUAGUUAUAGAUCCACAAUGUCAAGCGUUGAAAUGGAUUAAAGACAUGGAAGCUGAAAAUGAUUUAAAAAUCAUCGAUUUUUGUUUACCAAAUUUUAUGAAUAUUUUGGAAACAGCAUUAGAAAAUGGGUAUCCAACACUAUUACAAAUAACUUCUGAACAUCUUGAUCCUUCAGUGAUGCCAGUUUUAUCAAAAUCUAUAAUUGAAAAAGGAAAUCAGCUUUAUAUUAAAAUUGGUGAUAAGAUGUUACCAUAUAAUGACAAUUUUAGAUUUUUCAUUACAACUAAAUUAAGAAAUCCAUAUUAUCCUCCUGAAAUUUUUACACGGACAACAGUAGUUAAUUUUGCAAUUAAAGAAGAAGGGCUUGAAGACCAACUUUUGGACGUUGUUAUCACAAUGGAAAAACCAGAAUUAAAAAUCCUUAAAGAUAAUUUAAUAAUGAAUAUUGAUAAAGGUAAAAAAACACUGAUCGCACUAGAAGAUGAACUACUUCGACUCCUCAAUGAGAUUCAAGGAUCACUGUUAGAAAAUGAUGAACUUUUUCAAACAUUAGCUUCUUCAAAAGUUACAUCAAUAACUGUAAAUGAACAACUUGAUAUUUCUUUUUCAACUCAAAUUGAUAUUGAGGUUGCUCGAGAGGGUUAUAGAAGUUGUGCUAAAAGAGCAUCAAUUUUAUUUUUCGUUCUUAACGAACUUAAUCAAAUUGAUCCUAUGUACCAAUUUUCAUUGGAUGCAUAUAUGAACUUAUUCGAGAAUUCAAUAAAGAAGAGUGAAAAAAAUGAAAGGCUCUUCGAAAGAUUAAAUCAUUUAAAUUCUUACCAUACAUAUGCAGUUUAUAAGAAUACUUGUAGAGGGUUGUUCGAAGUUCACAAAUUAUUGUUUUCAUUUCAAAUAAUCAUAAGUUUAUUAAUGGCUGAUGACUUAAUACCUGCGUAUGAAAUGGAGUUUCUAUUGAAGGGUGGUAUCGUAGUGAAUAGAGUAGAACAACCAGAAAACCCUUGUUCAUCUUGGUUGUCAUCGUCUAAUUGGGAUAAUAUUUCCGAGCUAAAUAAAUUGCCAGGUUUCAUUGGAGUAGAAAAAUCAUUCGAACAGUUCUCUCGAGAAUGGAAACAAUGGUAUAUGUCUUCAAAUCCAGAAUCAUUAAAUCUUAUUGGUAAAUGGAACGAGAGUACUAAUUCAUUUCAAAAAAUGUUAUUCGUAAGAUCUUUGCGAUUAGACAGAUUAUCAUUUGCGAUAUCAAAUUUUAUUUCCGAUAAACUUGGUUCUAAGUUUAUAGAACCACCAGUUAUGGAUGUUAAAAGUGCUCUAGAAGAUUCAAGUUGCAAAACCCCAUUAAUAUUUUUGUUAUCUCCUGGAGUAGAUCCAACUAACACAUUAGUUGGUUUGGCUUCAAGUAACAACAUAUAUUAUGAAUCUCUAUCUCUGGGUCAAGGUCAAUCACUAGUUGCAACACAACUAAUUGAACAAGGCCAACAAACAGGAAAGUGGAUAUUYCUUGCCAAUUGUCAUCUUUCUUUAUCAUGGAUGCCACAGUUAGAUAAAAUAGUUGAUGUCAUGCAAGACGGUAAAUCUCACCCGGAUUUCAGGCUGUGGUUAAGUUCAAAUCCUAAUCCUGAUUUUCCUAUAGCACUAUUACAAAGUGCUAUAAAAAUGACAACUGAACCACCAAAAGGAUUAAGAGCAAAUAUGAAACGUUUAUAUCAGAAUUUAACCGAAGAACAAUUUGAUAAAUGCAAUUCGAAAGAAAAAUACAAAAAAUUAAUAUUUUCACUAUGCUUUUUUCAUUCAAUAUUAAUCGAAAGAAAAAAAUUUCAAAAUCUUGGUUGGAACGUGGUUUACAGUUUUAAUGAUUCCGAUUUCGAGGUAUCAGAAAAUUUACUAUCUAUAUAUUUGGAUGAAUAUGAAGAGACUCCUUGGAAAGCAUUAAAAUAUUUAAUUGCUGGAAUUUGUUAUGGUGGUCACGUUACUGAUAACAUGGAUAGAAGACUCUUAGAUACCUACAUUAGUCAAUAUUUUAAUGAAGAUGCAAUUACAACGCCUCAUUUCAAGUUAUCUUCGUUGUCAACUUAUUUUAUCCCAAGAGAUGGUGAUCUUCAGAUGUACAGAAAUUACAUUGACACAUUGCCAAUCGUGGAUAGCCCCGAAAUAUUUGGUCAACAUUCUAAUGCUGAAAUGGCUUCUUUUAUGGGAGAAAAUCGUAUAAUUUGCAAUGCCCUCAUGAUUUUACAAGGACAAUCAACGGUGGUGGAAGAAAAUAUAGAAGGAAAAGUUUUAGAUUUAUCUACUGAAAUUCUGAAAAAACUACCUGAUCUGAUAGAUUAUGAGACUACUGCAAAAAAUAUUAAAAGGAACCCCUUGGAUAUUGUACUAUUACAAGAGGUACAACGUUAUAAUAGCUUAUUAAGCGAAAUUAAAAUGUCAUUAAUCAGCCUUAAGAAAGGCAUCAAAGGGCUAGCAAUAAUGUCAUCUGAUCUUGAAAAUAUAUUCCAGUUUAUAAAUGAAGGUAGAGUUCCUGGUCAAUGGCUCAAAGCUUACCCWUCGCUAAUGUCUCUGGGAUCAUGGACUCAAGAUUUAAUAGAAAGRAUCAAUCAUUUUAAAACUUGGGCGAACAAAACUCAUCCACCAAUUUUAUUUUGGUUGGGAGCUUACACUUACCCAAUUACUUUUUUGACAGCUGUAUUACAGAUUCAUUCACGAAGUUCAAACAUAGCAAUUGAUUUACUCUAUUGGGAAUUUAUUCCUACAAAACCAGAAAGGCUAUCAAUAUCUCCUAAAGAAGGAGUUUACGUGCGAAACCUUUAUUUAGAAGGAGCUGAUUGGGAUUUAAAACAAUCGUGUUUGUGUGAAUCAGUACCAUUAAAAUUUAUUUCUGACUUGCCGGUAAUACAUUUUAAACCCAUAGAUAGUGCGAAAAUAGCAAAAAAUUUCUACCAAUGUCCCAUAUAUUAUUAUCCUUUGAGGAGUGGAGAUGGAAGAGAAUCGUUUAUAAUAAUGAUGUACCUUGAUAGUGGAUCGAAAUCUCCAGAGUAUUGGAUAAAACGAGCAACAGCAGUAUUACUUAGUUUAUCAGUCUAA